AUGUCCACCAACGAAGCCAUCCAGGAUGAGAUUAUUUCCAUAAACUCCAUAUUCGAGGAGGACACGCUGGUCGGCCUGGAUGACGACUCGACGCUCUUCAGUCUACGACUCCCCUCGCUACGAGACAUCACAUUAAGGCUCGAGUUUCCGCAGGACUAUCCGGAUACACCUCCCUCGAUCCUAGGCACGGAAAGCGUUGGCCAAGAUGUUCCUAAGGGCAUGGGAAACAAGGUUGUCCAUAUGGCACGGGAUGUGCUGGCGCGGGUCUACGACCCCGGUGAGGCCUGCAUCUACGACCUUCUUGAGGAGGUACGCGACGCCAUCGAAAAGGCAGAAGAGGAUGGAAGCAUUCAGCGAGACAGGCAAGACGAACCCGAGCCCCCGCCAGAAGCACCACAGGAUCUUACCCAAGACCUAGGGCCUGAACCGCCCUGGAUUAUCGCCCCUCAGAUCACAGAGAAGAAGUCUGUUUUCCUCGCCCGCGUGGCGCCAGUGUCCUCGCCCGACCAGGCAAAGCAGUAUGUUGCGCAUCUAUUGGCAACCGACAAGAAGGCCGCAAAAGCUACCCACAACAUGACCGCCUGGCGGAUAAAAGGACCAAACGAAACCAGCUACCAGGACUGUGACGAUGAUGGUGAGACAGCCGCUGGUGGGAGGAUGCUGCACCUCAUGCAGUUGAUGGACGUGUGGAACGUCAUGGUAGUCGUGACCAGAUGGUAUGGCGGAAUCCAGUUGGGACCGGAUCGAUUUCGCAUCAUCAAUACAGCGUCCCGCGAGGCGUUGGUGCUAGGCGGGUUCGCCAGAGACACCAAAGAAGAGAACAAGAAGAAGGGCAAGAAGUAG